CUAAUAACUGUGACUUGCCGCGGGGCCAAGCGGCGGGCAGGCGGCAGGCAGGCGGCGGCGGCGACGGCGGCUCUGAAAGAUCAUCCAUCGGCCGGCGACGCCGAUUCGAUUCUCUUACUCUUACUCUUGCCGCAUCUCGCUCGCACAAGUCUUGAUCGUUGCUCUCUCAUCGCCACUGUUCAAGGCCAGCAGCAACGAGUGUACACUAGGGUCCUCAUCUCUCUCUUCCCUGUACCGCCGCAAAGCAAGCACCCACACCACGAUGAACCCCGCCCGCCUGCGCGCCCUCGCCACCCCGCUCCGCGCCGGCCUGCGCGCCCCCCUGCGCGCAGCGCCGCUCGGCGUGCGUACCCUCGUCGCGGCGACCACGCCCGCCAGCGCGAGCGUGCACGAGGCCCAUGUCGUCGAGGAGGCCGUCUCUGACGUCCCCGGCUUCAAGGUCUCGUCGAAGGGCGGCAAGAUCGAGGGCCGGCCAAUCUACCUCGACAUGCAGGCCACCACCCCCAUGGACCCCCGCGUGCUCGACAAGAUGAUGCCCCUCUUCACUGAGCAGUACGGUAACCCCCACUCGCGGACACAUGCGUACGGCUGGGAGGCCGAGGAGUAUGUCGAGGAGGCGCGCGAGAACGUUGCCAAGUUGAUUGGCGCUGGCGCCAAGGACAUUGUCUUCACCUCUGGUGCGACAGAGUCCAACAACAUGAUCAUCAAGGGCAUUGCCAACUUUCACAAGAGCAAGAAGAGGCACAUUAUCACUACGCAGACGGAGCACAAGUGCGUUCUCGACUCGUGCCGUUUCCUCUCGACCCAGGGCUUUGAGAUCACCUACCUCCCCGUCUCGCAGACUGGCCUGAUUUCGCUCGACGAGCUCAAGGCGGCGCUCCGCCCCGACACGUCGCUCGUGUCCAUCAUGGCUGUCAACAACGAGAUUGGUGUCAUCCAGCCCCUUGCCGAGAUCUCCAAGCUCCUCAAGGAGUACGCCAAGGAGAACGGCGUCACAAAGGCCCUGUUCCACACCGACGCCGCGCAGGCUGUGGGCAAGAUUGAAAUCGACGUCGAGGCCAUGGGCAUUGACGCGCUGUCCAUUUCCGGACACAAGAUCUACGGCCCCAAGGGCGUCGGUGCGGCUUACGUCCGCCGAAGGCCCCGUGUGCGUCUCGAGCCCCUCAUCCACGGUGGUGGCCAGGAGCGUGGUCUCCGUUCCGGCACUGUCCCUGCCCCCAUUGUGGCUGGUCUCGGCGAGGCGGCGCGCAUUGCGUACGUCGAGCGGGAAGCGGACCACGCGCACGUGUCCAAGCUGUCCGAGCGCCUGAUCAACGGCAUCACGUCCCAGGUUGAGCACGUUGUGCGCAACGGCGACGUCUCUGGCUACCCCGGAUGUGUCAACCUGUCGUUUGCGUACGUCGAGGGCGAGUCGCUCCUCAUGGCGCUCAAGGACGUUGCGCUGUCGUCAGGAUCGGCAUGCACGUCGGCCUCGCUCGAGCCGUCGUACGUCCUCCGUGCGCUCGGCGCCGCCGACGACAUGGCGCACUCGUCGCUGCGUUUCGGUAUCGGCCGUUUCACGACCGAGGCCGAGAUUGACAUGGUCAUUGACCGCAUCGUCAAGGUGGUCACCAAGCUGCGCGACAUGAGCCCGCUGUGGGAGAUGGUCCAGGAGGGUAUCGACAUUAGCAAGAUUGAGUGGAGCGGCCGAACAUCACUGACCCCACCACAGCCACUAAACCAAAACAUCCAAGAUAUGGAGCACCCGCCUCCACUCUUUGGGCCGAACAACAAGUCGUCCAUCGCCACGUCCACAUUGUUAUUGUUGUCCAUCACACCACACACCAUGCUCGAGGACCUCUGGGCACUGAUACAGGCAUGGGGCCGACCACUGGGCAUCGUGGCCAUCUUCUUCGGCCCGCGCAUCCUCGGUGCCGCCGUGUCGUACCUUCGCGGCGGGCAGUCCCACGCCCACAGCCACGGGCCGCGGCCGCCGCCAACCCCGCCGCUGAGCCGCACCGCGAAGACAAUCCUGGUCCUGCAGCUGCUCUUUGCCGCCAGCGUGCUCCUCUCGCCGCCGUACGACGUGUUCUCGACACACGGCCUCUCGCUCUCGUGCACCAAGGAGGCGCUGCGCGCCGCCGUCCUCUCCGACGCUGGGCUCGAUCCCAACACCCCCGUGCCGGAGGACAUAUCCACCUCGCCCUCGCCGCUAGCCGAGACGAUGCUCGCGCGCCUCGCGUCCCCGGACGCCCGCGCAUCCUACUCGCGCUGGGGCCACACGGCGUUCCUCAACUGCGCGUGGUGCCGCGACGACACGGACUACGCGCUCGCCUCGGCGCCGGGCAUCCUCGCGCCGUACCUCGCUGAAAUGGUGCUCGUCGGCCUGCUCGGCCUGACGUACGUCACGGGCGCCGGCGCGCGCCUCCGCGCAGACAAAUUCGGUGCCAUGGCAGGCUGGGGCGUCGUGCUCCUCGCUGGGCUCGAGUAUGGCGUCAGAUGGUCGUGGGACGUGACGCCGCCGCGGGACAAGAGCGACUCGAUCACUCUCUCGUCCAUGGUCAACAUCGCCCGCCCGUUCGCCCUGCUCGCCAUCACCGCGGCGUACCUGCUGCUGCCGGCACGCAUGAGCCAGAAGGAGGCGACGCAGCUCGCGACGCUGUCCGCGCUGGACACGGCGCUCAACGCGUCGCGCCUGACGAGCCUCGCACACGGUGCCGUGGCGCGCUCGCCCGCACUCGCACGGCACGCGUUCGAGCGCGGGCUCGGCCGUGCGCGCGCAGAGGAGGUGGCGAAGAAGGACGCCGACGUGAUCGCUGCUGCGCGCGCCGCUGGCUUGUUUGCGGGUAACGACCAUGUUGCCGAGGCGCGCGAGGGCGCACGAGGUUGGAUCGCGGGCGAGUGGCGCAAGCUCGUCAAGACUGAGGAGUAG